UUGCACUAUUGUCGUCGAGUCUUCAAAUAGUUUCUGAUUGACAGCACUACGUACUACAAGUAGGUGGUCGCUGCGCGCACCGGUCGUGGGGUUCGCAAGGCACGCGUGAUUGUGAGGCACGUGACUUAAAAUGGGUGCAUGCGUUUCUCGCUGCCUGCAGCCGUGGCUCGAGUCUCCCAACAACGUCAAGCGAUAUCGAGCGCAGUACAGCGAACACCAACUCUCCAUCGAGGUCGACGCUCUUCUCGAUGACGACGACGACGAAGUGCCGCUCGCCGAGCUGACGAGAACGAGAAUGGGCAUCGGAACGGAACAGGACGCGCGAGACUUCAGACAGAGACAACACGAACGCAUAGCGGAACGAAAUCGCGAGCUAGAAUCGGAGAAAGGACGCUCAGUAGCAAGAGACGAGGAGAACAUGCGAAUGGAGGAGGAAGCUUACUUUGAGGCGACAAAAGCGGCCGUGAGAGCCGCCGAAAUGGCAAAAGAAAGAGAGAAAGCAGAGCAAACGUUGAGAGACCUGGGCAGCUCGUCGCAGCCUUCAUUUUCGGUUGCAGGUGGGGCGUCGCUGAGCGACUGGUUGAAAGAGUCGGAUGUCGGUACACAGGACAGUACGCCGGGCGGAGAGUCUGCGCAACAGCAAUUGGAGGAUUUCGAUUUGUUCUUGGAGUCGGUGAAGAGACGGUCGCUGUCGCAGCGGUCUGUUGACCAGCCAGCGGGCAGUGGUGGAGUUGACUUGUUGGGAGGGCUGGCGGACGAGAGAACGAGCAGAGAUGACUUUACGUUGUUCGAAGAGAGUGUCAUGCCGACUGUGACUACAGCACAAUAGUUUGAUAUCCAUCUAUCUAUCUAUGUUCUUAACUAUCAGAGUUCGAAGCAGUUAUAUAGGGUACUACCAGAUCCAGUAUAUUGUGACCUUGUACUGACACAGAUUAGUUUGAUUAAUUAAUGACCAACAGAUGUCGUCGACAGUUGUACGUAUCGUAAACAUGUAGUACAUGAAAGCCUGGGAAGUUCUAAAGCUC